AAUUCAUCUCCCAUCAGUUAAAAUACAAAUUAUUAAACCCUCUCAAACCUCCUUUACCAACCAGAAAUGGAAUCAGGAAAAGCAAAAAAAUCCGCCGGUGGAAGAGGCAAACCUAAAUCCACGAAAUCCGUCUCCAGAUCUUCAAAAGCUGGUCUUCAGUUCCCCGUCGGUAGAGUUUCAAGGUACCUAAAAAACGGCAGGUAUGCGAAACGCGUCGGCUCCGGUAGCCCUGUUUACCUGUCCGCCGUCCUUGAAUACUUAGCAGCCGAGGUUUUGGAGCUAGCUGGGAAUGCAGCGAGGGAUAACAAGAAGACCCGGAUCAUACCCAGGCACAUUCAAUUAGCUGUGAGGAACGAUGAGGAGUUGAGCAAGUUGUUGGGAAGAGUGACGAUUGCCAAUGGAGGAGUGUUGCCGAAUAUUCAUUCAAAUCUGCUGCCAAACAAAAAGGCAAAAGGGAUGAUCAUUGGAUCCGACCCGGCUAGGGAACCAAACUUGGUUGAAACUAGGAACCGAACCGGAUCGUCGGUUCUUGCCGUGUAUUCAAUGUUGGGACCGAUGGAAAAGUCUCAACUAAAUGCACAAACUGUUGAUGUUGAUGCUCCACAAACUGUUGAUGUUGAUCAUGAUGUUGAUGAAGGAGAUGAUGAAGAAGUUGCAGAUAAUAAGUGUGGUGGUCAUAGAGUAUCGUGGGUAUGA